AUGCUAUAAAGCCAUAUUUGGAAAAGAAGUAGCCCGUCCCUUGAGAAAAAUUAUACUUGUUCGGUUAUUUUGCUACUUUCAUCUCCGUCUCUUUGUUGCAUAGAUUAUUAUUCAAUUCCCAGCAAAGCAAAGCAAUGUCAAAUUUCUUCAGCUCCUCCUCCUGGUUAUGGCUUUCUCGUUUCCGUUCUUCCAAAUACUUGUUACACCGCACUCUCCAUACCAUCACCGCCACACCUCGCAAUACCGCACCGACUUCAAAUCUCUUCAACUCACACAGAUCAACCAAUCCUUGGACCACAUGGUCAAUUCCUUUGGCUCUCGCUCUUUCUGCUGGAUCACUUUCUCUUCAACCUCAUUAUGAUAAUUCAUUCUCUGACUCCUUUGAUUCCGAUAACAGUGGGGUACGGAUUGGGGGCAAAGGUAGCACACAGUAUGUUGUUAAGGGAUCACAGAAAGAGUUCCCACAAGAGCUUCUCCAGGAGUUGAAAAUCAUCUGUGAGGAUAACAUAUCACUUGAUUAUGACGAAAGAUAUAUGCAUGGAAAACCACAAUACAGUUUUCAUCAGGCUGUCAAUAUCCCAGAUGUAAUUGUUUAUCCAAGAUCUGAGGAGGAGGUCUCCAAGAUUGUCAAAUCAUGCAACAAUCAUAAGAUUCCUAUUGUACCUUAUGGAGGAGCUACAUCAAUCGAGGGUCACACUUUAUCCCCCCAUGGAGGGGUUUGUAUUGACAUGUCAUCAAUGAAAAGAGUAAAAGCAUUGCAUGUUAAUGACAUGGAUGUGGUUGUUGAGCCUGGAAUUGGGUGGAUGGAGCUUAAUGAGUAUUUGGAACCUUAUGGCCUAUUUUUUCCACUUGAUCCAGGUCCUGGUGCAAGUAUUGGAGGGAUGUGUGCUACACGCUGCUCUGGUUCGUUAGCUGUGAGGUAUGGAACUAUGCGUGAUAACGUCAUCAGUCUCAAGGUAGUUCUUGCCAAUGGAGAUAUUGUGAAGACUGCAUCGCGGGCUAGGAAGAGUGCUGCAGGGUAUGACCUGACCCGCUUGAUGAUUGGGAGUGAAGGAACUCUUGGUGUCAUAACAGAAGUAACACUGCGGCUUCAGAAAAUUCCCCAGUUUUCAGUGGUUGCAAUGUGCAAUUUCCCUUCUGUGAAGGAUGCAGCAGAUGUUGCCAUUGCCACUAUGAUGUCUGGAAUACAGGUGUCAAGGGUAGAACUUUUGGAUGAAGUUCAAGUCAAAGCUAUUAAUAUUGCUAAUGGGAAGAAUUUUCCUGAAUCUCCAACUUUGAUGUUUGAAUUUAUAGGGACAGAGGCAUAUGCACGUGAACAAACCCAGAUUGUACGAAAAAUUGUUUCCGAGCACAAUGGCUCGGAUUUUGUAUUUGCAGAAGAACCUGAAGCCAAAAAAGAACUUUGGAAGGUAAGGAAGGAAGCACUCUGGGCUUGCUUUGCUAUGGAACCUAAUAAGGAGGCAAUGACUUCGGAUGUAUGUGUUCCUUUAUCUCGUCUAGCCGAUUUAAUUUCAAAGUCUAAAAAGGAGCUGGAUGCAUCACCACUGGUUUGCACAGUGAUUGCCCAUGCUGGCGAUGGUAAUUUCCACACAGUAAUUCUAUUUGAUCCCACGAAAGAAGAAGAACGGCAGGAAGCAGAGAGACUCAACAAUUUUAUGGUUCAUGCUGCCUUGUUGUUGGAAGGAACUUGUACUGGUGAACAUGGUGUUGGCACUGGAAAAAUGAAGUACCUUGAAAAAGAACUAGGAGUUGAAGCAUUGAGGACAAUGAAAAAAAUAAAAUCAGUCCUAGAUCCUAACAAUAUCAUGAAUCCAGGAAAGCUCAUCCCUCCCCAUGUUUGUUUGUAAAAGUGCUCCUCACUCCAAUAGCCAAGUCUGCAAUACAAUCUCCUCAAAUUUACAGAUUAAAGCCUUGCAGUUUCUAGCAUCAGGCCAUGUCUUUGGUUUUUGAAUUAGUUUUUUUCACUAAAUAAGGACAAAGUGUAUCCUUCGUUCAUUGAAAUGCUUUAGGCCAUUUCACAGUUUUUUGCCUCUCCUGUGUCCAAGAAAAUCUAUAUGAGAAGAUGUAAUGCUUAGUCUUGUAACAGUAUUUUUCAUGUUGUUAUGCCCUUUUUCAUUUACCUAUUCAAUAUUACUCUACCUAGGUUAAGUCAGUAAUUGUAGACAUUUUCGAUAUGUAGUCUUGUACUAUUUUAAGUUGUCAUAUACUUUGAAUAGGAUUGGGAGACAAAAUAAAAGAGUAAGGUUCUGUACACAA